UUAAUUAGAAACGUUCAAUCUUUUUCGCGCCAAAAACGAAUUCCCCCAGAAUAGCAUGCCGCUCUAAGUAAAGGACCCUCGUGACGAAAAAAUAACUAUGGUGCUUCAAAACAGCGGUAAAUACAGAAGCGAUCAACAACAAAAUGAUGGAUUGUCAGGGAAGGAAGAGUCAGCGGAAAAACGUCUGUCAAAGGCAAGAAUAAAUGAUGAAAUAGAUUCAAAAUUUGGUUUUGACCGAUACAAAGAUCCGCAGGAAAAAGUAGGAUGGUUGAUCAAUAUGCAUCCUGCAGAUAUAAUGGAUGAAGACAAGAGGCUUGUCAGUGCAGUAGACUAUUACUUUAUCCAAGAUGAUGGUGGCAGGUUUAAGGCCACACUUCAGUAUAGACCUUAUUUCUAUGUCUUGACAAAGAAGAGUUCUGAGCGGGAGGUAGCUUCAUUUCUUACCAAGAAAUUUUCUGGAAAGAUAACAAGUGUGGAAACUGUCAAUAAAGAGGAUUUAGAUCUGGCAAAUCAUUUAGUAGGCCUGAAGAGGCAAUAUCUUAAAUUGUCUUUCCUAACUGUGGAUGAUCUGGGAAAAGUGAAACGUGAGAUUCACUCAGCUGUUCGAAAGAAUAAAGAAAGAGACAAAUCAAAUGAAAUCUAUACAAGUUAUAUGGAUGAAGAAGAUGCUGUCUCUAGAAAAAUCAUAGAUCAGAUGGACAAUAUCACAGAUAUAAGGGAACAUGAUGUUCCGUAUCAUGUUAGAGUUUCAAUUGACCUUUGUUUAAAUGUUGGUCAUUGGUACUCUGUAAGAGGGAGGGGUAGUAUGCCACCAGAAAUUACCAGGAGAGAAGAUCUUGUACAUAGACCUGAACCAAUUGUACUUGCCUUUGACAUAGAGACAACCAAGCUACCCCUCAAGUUUCCAGACUCGUCAAUAGAUCAGAUAAUUAUGAUAUCAUAUAUGAUAGAUGGACAAGGAUUCUUGAUAACAAAUAGAGAAAUCAUUUCUCAAGAUAUAGAAGACUUUGAAUAUACUCCAAGGCCUGAGUUUCCUGGACCAUUUAUCAUAUUCAAUGAAUCAGAUGAGUUCAAUCUUCUAAAACGUUUCUUCGAUCAUAUAUUGGAAGUUAAACCACAUAUCAUUGCCACUUACAAUGGAGAUAUGUUUGACUGGCCUUUUGUUGAAGCUCGAGCAGCAUUUCAUGGGCUUGAUAUGUCAUUAGAGAUUGGAUUUUCAAAAGAUAAUCAAGGGGAGUUCAAAUCUCGGCCAGCAGCUCACAUGGAUUGUUUCAAAUGGGUGAAAAGAGACAGUUAUCUCCCAGUAGGUAGUCAGGGAUUAAAAGCAGUGGCAAAGGCAAAGUUAAGAUAUGACCCAACUGAACUUGAUCCAGAGGACAUGUGUCGAAUGGCUACGGAAGAACCACAGGUGCUGUCCAACUACUCUGUAUCUGACGCUGUAGCAACAUUCUAUCUGUAUCAGGAAUAUGUUCAUCCGUUCAUCUUUGCACUGUGUACUAUCAUUCCUAUGGAACCAGAUGAGGUAUUGAGAAAAGGUUCUGGAACUCUCUGUGAAGCACUUUUGAUGGUACAGGCAUACCAUGCAAACAUAGUUUUUCCAAACAAGCAAGAGUCAAUAUUAAAUAAACUGACAGAAGGUGGUCAUAUGUUGGACUCCGAGACUUAUGUUGGUGGACAUGUUGAAGCUUUAGAGUCUGGUGUAUUUAGAGCUGAUAUUCCAUGCAGAUUUAGGAUGGUACCAGAAGCUUUCCAAAAUCUUAUUGACAAAGUGGAAGGGACGAUGAAAUUUUCCAUUGAAGUUGAAGAGAAAAUACCUAUGGACCAAGUUACAAAUUUUGAUGAAGUUUGUUCGGAUAUUAUAGAAAGACUGUCAAUGUUGAGAGACUGUCCAAAUCGUUUAGAGAACCCAAUUAUAUAUCAUUUAGAUGUAGGAGCUAUGUACCCAAAUAUCAUCUUGACAAAUAGAUUACAGCCACCUGCAAUUGUUGAUGAAGCUACUUGUGCAGCAUGUGAUUUUAACAAACCAGGAGCUACAUGUCAGCGGAAGAUGCCAUGGAUGUGGAGGGGAGAAAUAAUGCCUGCUAGCAGAAGUGAAUAUCAUCGUAUACAACAACAGCUUGAAAAUGAAAAGUUUCCGCCAAGGGAACCAGGAGGGCCUCCUCGAGCUUUUCAUGAACUAUCUAAGCUGGAACAGGCAGAAAUUGAAAAAAAAAGAUUAGCAG